AUGGAAGUGUUUUUGCUUGCUUGGCCUAUUGUGGGAGAAGAUGUUACAAAUGCAGUGCUAGAAUUUUUCCAGAACAACAAGAUUCUGAGGCAGAUUUACUCAACUAGUAUUGCACUUAUUCCCAAGAUUGAUAAGCCUGAAUUUGCCAGUCAAUUCAGACCUAUCUCUUGUUGUAAUGCCAUUUACAAGUGCAUAUCAAAAUUAAUUUGUAGUAGGCUGAAAUCAGCUAUUAGUCUUAUAGUUGCAGAGAACCAAUCAGCUUUUGUCCAAGGAAGAUCAAUGAUGCAUAAUGUACUCAUUUGCCAUGAUAUCUUGAGACAUUACAAUCUGAAGAACGCAUCUCCUAGAUGUCUUAUGAAGAUAGACUUGAAGAAAGCAUAUGAUAUAGUUAGCUGGGAAUUCCUGGAGGAAGUACUUAUUCAUUUUGGGUUUCCUAGACAGUUUGUGAAGUGGAUUAUGUUGGGAGUACCAACCACCAUGCUCUCAGUCAAAGUAAAUGGGGGAAGCCAUGGGUUUUUUGCAGACUUCAAGUACCACCCAAUGUGCAAGAAAUUGAAACUCACACACCUUAUAUUUGCUGAUGAUCUGAUGAUUUUUUGCAAAGGAAAUGUGGACUCAGUGAAUAGAGUGAUGAAAGCAUUAGCUCACUUCAAUGUUGCUACUGGUUUAGAGGCCAAUUUGGAGAAAUCUAAUGUGUACCUAGCUGGGGUAGAUGAGAGGGUCAAAACGCAAAUCCUAGCCAGAACUGGAUUCUCAGAGGUAUUCAUCCUUCCCCAGAGUAUUCUUAAGAAAGUGGAUAAGAUAUGUAGAGAUUUCCUAUGGGGAAGCAGUGCUGAUAAGAAGAAUGUAGCAUUGGUUGCAUGUGAUAAAAUGUGUCUUCCAAAAAGACAAGGUGGUUUGAAUAUUAAAGGGCUGGUACAAUCACAGAAGAUAUAUGCUGACUCAAAGUCUCAAACUGGUAAGUAUUCUAUUACCAAGAGCUAUCAAGCACUCAUGGAUCCUAAGCCUAGAUGGAAUAUUGUUGAACUAGUCUGGACGUCAAUGGCUAUGCCAAAGCAUAGAUUCAUGACAUGGUUAGCAGUUCAAGGAAGAUUACUCACACAGGAAAGAAAGUUGAGACUGCAGAUUCAGGAGGAGGAUGCUGCAUGUUGUUUAUGUGAGGAAAAAGUAAUGGAGGCUAAUGUUCAUCUCUUUGAAGAUUGCAAAUGGACAUCAGAUGUGUGGCAAGCUAUGCACCAAUGGACAGAAGUACCAGUGCAUAAUAUUGGUAUUGUACAGGUCCUGAAAAACAUAAAAGGGAAUCGUUUGAAGCAAUUCAAAAAAGAGAUCAUGGCAGCUAUCUGCGGAACAAUCAUAUACCACACUUGGCGUGCUAGGAAUUGGAGGAGAUUUAGAGACAUAUAUGUACGGAAGAGACAGUAA